AUGUCUCAGCUCAUCAACAGCAUCCUCAGGAUCAUCGAGGUUUUCCAGAACUAUGCCAAUGCUGACGACAACUGCGUGUCGCUGACCAAGACCGAGCUCAGCGAACUUCUGCAAGCAGAGUUCGGCAACCUUCUGAGGAGACCUCGGGACCCGAAGACGGUGGACACGAUCCUGCAGCUCCUGGAUCGGGACAGGGAUGGGGUGGUGGGCUUCAACGAGUUCCUCCUGUUGGUCUUCAAAAUGGCCCAGGCCUGUCAUCAAGCCCUGGGGAAUGAUGCUUGCGGACGAGGGCGGGAUCAAGGGCCUGAGGAAGAGGAGGGAGAAGGGAAACGGCCCGGGGAGGCGGAGGCCCAGAGAAGGAGGACCGGACAGACCGAGGUGACAGGCAGGAGGAGGGAAGACACCCCCCGCGGUCAGGCUGGGGGUCAGAGACGCGAGUCAAGCUCUGGUCAGUCUGAGAGGCAGCGGUCUGACUUCCAGGACAAUCAUUCCGAGAGCCCGAGAUGGACAUCGAGCUACCGUCAGUCAGAGAGGAGGGAUUCCCGCUCUGGUCAGUCUGAGAGGCAGCGAUCCGACUUCCGAGAUGGUCAGUCCGAAAGCCCGAGAUGGACAUCGAGCUGUGGUCAGUCAGAGAGGAGAGAUUCCCAUUCUGGUCAGUCUGAGAGGCAGCGAUCUGACUUUCGAGAUGGUCAGUACGAGAGCCCGAGACGGACAUCGAGCUAUGGUCAGUCAAAGAGGAGGGAUUCCCGCUCUGGUCAGUCUGAGAGGCAGCGCUCUGACUCCCGAGAUGAUGGUCAGUCAGAGAGCCCGAGACGGACAUCGAGCUACGAUCACUCAGAGAGGAGAGAUUCCCGCUCUGGUCAGUCUGAGAGAUGGGGUCAGGGCUCAAACUCCGGACAGUACGAGAGCCCAAGUCGGACAACGGGCUCCGGACGGUCAGAGAAGCAGUGGUCCGACUCCCAAGAGAGCCAACCCGAGAGCCCGAGACGGGCAUCCAGCUACGGCCAGUCAGAGAGGAGGGAUUCCUGCUCUGGUCAGUCUGAGAGCCGGGGAGAGAGGGAGAGGCAGAAGCGGGUGGUCCAGGAUGGGGGCCGUGAGCAGAGCGGUCAUCCUCUGGGCCAGUGGGACCCCGAGACGGAAGCGCAGAGCCGCAGGAAGAAGUUGACCUCCCAGCCGGCCACAUCGCUCUGCCACCAGGACCCCUCUUGGCAGUCAUACGAGUCCCUUAGGGCCCACCGGGCAGGCCGGACUGGGCAAGGGAGAGACGAGGGACAGAGCCACCAGCCUCAGGACGGAUACACCGACGAUGAGGAGCAGAGCGGCCAGGCUCAUGGACAGCGGCGCCAGUCUCGGGGUAGACAAGUGGAAGAGGAGGACCAGACCACCCAGGCUGGUGGCGGUCAGAGGUGCCAGUCUCUGGGCAGACAGCAGUCCCCGUCUCAGGACUGGCAAACAGAUGAAGAGGAAUCAAGUCGCCAGACUCGGGAUGGGCAGCGGCGCCAGUCUCGGGCUGCAAACAUGGAAGAGGAGGACCAGAGUAGCCAGACUCGGGAUGGGCAGUGGCGCCAGUCUCGGGGUGGGUACCCGGAAGAUGAGGAUCAGAGUCGCCAAGCUCGGGAUGGGCAGCGACGCCAGGCUCGAGGAGGGUACUCGGAAGAGGAAGAGCACAGCCGGGAAAAGAAGCGGACCUCUCAGUCGGCCACUUCACUCUGCCACCAGGGACCAACGUGGCAGUCAUGCGAAUUCUUGAGGGCCCGCCGGGGGGGCCGGACCGGGCAAAGGAGAGACGAAGGGCAGAGCCGCCAGCCUCAGGGCAGAUACACAGACGACGAGGAGCAGAGCCGCCAGGCUCGGGAUGGACAGCGGUGCCAGUCUCAGGGUGGACAAGCGGAAGAGGAAAACCAGAGUGUCCAGACGCGCCAGUCUCGGGGCAGGCAGCAGGGCCUGUCCCAGGACCGGCAAACAGAUGACGAGGAACCAAUUCGCCAGACUCUGGAUAGGCAGAGGCGCCAGGCUCGUGGAGAGUACACGGAAGAGGAGGAGCAGAGUCACCAAACUCAGGAUGGGCAGUGGCGCCAGUCUCGGGCCGCAAACACGGCAGAUGAGGGGCAGAGUCGCCAAGCUUGGGAUGGGCAGCGACGCCAGUCUCGAGGAGGAUACACAGAAGAGGAGGAGCAGAGCCGAGAAAAGAAGCGGUCCUCCCAGCCGGUGACUUCGCUCUGUCACCAGGGCCCAACCUGGCAGUCGUGCGAAUUCCUGAGGGGCCGUCGGACGGGCCGGACCGGGCAAGGGAGAGACGAAGGACAGAGCCGUCAGCCUCAGGACAGAUACACCGAAGACGAGGAGCAGAGUCGCCAGGCUGGUGGCGGGCAGAGGCGCCAGUCUCGUGGCAGACAGCAGUUCCCGUCACAGGACUGGCAAACGGAUGAUGAGGAACCAAGUCGCCGGACUCAGGAUGGACAGCGGUGCCAGUCGCGGCCUGCAAACAUGGAAGAUGAGGACCAGAGUCAUCAGGCUCAGGAUGGGCAGCGGCGCCAGUCUCGGGGUGGGUACACGGAAGAUGAGGACCAGAGUCGCCAGGCUCGGGAUGGGCAGCGGCCCCAGUCUCGGGCUGCAGACAUGGAAGAUGAGGACCAGAGUCCCCAGGCUCGGGGAGGGUACACGGAAGAAGAGGAGCAGAGCCGGGAAAAGAAGCGGACCUACCAGCCUGCCACUUCGCUCUGCCACCAGGGACCAACAUGGCAAUCGUGCGAAUUCUUGAGGGCCCGCCGGGAGGGCCGGACCGGGCAAAAGAGAGAUGAAGGGCAGAGCCGCCAGCCUCAAGACAGAUACACAGACGACGAGGAUCAGAGACGCCAGGCUUGGGGUGGACAGCAGAGCCAGUCUCGGGGUGGACAAGCGGAAAAGGAAAACCAGAGUGUCCAUGCUGGUGGAGAGCAGAGGCGCCAGCCUCGGGACAGACAGCAGAACCCCUCUCAAGACUGGCAAACAGAUGAUGAGGAACAAAGUCGCCAGACUCGGGAUGGGCAGCGGCGCCAGUCUCGGGGUGGGUACCCGAAAGAUGAGGAGAAGAGUCGCCAGGCUCAAGAUGGACAGCGACGCCAGGCUCGGGGUGGGCAAGCGGAAGAUGAAGACCACAGCGUCCAGGCUGGUGGGGGGCAAAGGCGCCGGUCUCCGAGCGAGUUGGCACGCAGCCAGGCUCAAUGUUCCUGCCCAGAUCCGCGAGCCCCAUCGACCACCCGCUCGACCGUGGGCAACAGCGCCUGGAAGGAAACCCCCCAAGGCCGUGGGGGUGCCCGGGGGCGCAGGGAGCCGAAGGCCAGCGAGUCCGACUCAAACGCAGAUAGCCAUCUGUCCGUGCCCCAGUACCCACUCUACGAGUACGUCCACGAGCAGAGCGUCCACCAUUACCAGUAA